GAUUCUCAGCCCACAGAACACACGAGGAGAGGAAAGUCCCUCUGAGCUACUGCUGGGUUGAGGUUUUUUGCAAUUUGCUAAAAACAAGUGGAUCAGCAGUUCAGAUGAGAACUCCUUAAAUCCCUAACUCUUCUAGUAUUUAUUUUCCUUUAUUUAAGUGGAUUUUCCAUUUUCAGUUGAAUAAGGAGAGGAAACUGCCUGGGAUAGAGCAAAAAGACUCUCCUGAGCUAAGGAUGUUUGUAUCCAGGGCACUCAUGCCACUUCCUACUACGUGAGAAAGACCAUGACGACUUUGCAGGACGGCCACCUUCUCUGUUGCCAAAAUGAUGGCAUCUGCCAGAACAUUCAGGUUUCCGGCCUGUGAUGCUCCAGCAGAUUCAUACUAUAAGAGACACAGUUCUGGAGACAACUAAGAGGAAAUUUAGGGGAAAAUAUCCCUAACUAUCAGCAGAAGAUCUCUGAACCGCUUCAGAGAUAUAAACCAUGCAUUCCAGAAGCAACAGCACCGAAAGCCCAACCAGACCAAAGCUGAGCCAGCCACGGCCAAAAGAUCACCGUAAGGAAGAGGCUGGUUGCAGUGGGAGAGGAAAUGUGCAAAGGCAGCAGAAAGAGAAGGACGAGGGAGCCCAAGCCAGUACAAUCCUAAGAAGCCCUAAGGCAGAGAAAAAACAAAGAAGUUCUUUCAAGAAAAGGGAAGAUCUCUCUCGUGAUGACUUGCUAUUUCUUCUUAGUGUCCUAGAGGGUGAAUUACAGGCCCAAGAUGAAGUUAUAGGAGUACUUAAGGCUGAAAAAAUUGACUUGGCUUUGCUUGAAGCACAAUACGGCUUUGUUACUCCCAAGAAGGUGUUAGAGGCACUCCAGCGAGAUGCUAUUCAAACAAAGGCUGAGCAAUGGCAAGAAGAUAUCUAUGAAAAGCCUAUGGGAGAGCUUGAUAAAGUUGUAGAGAAACAGAAAGAAACUCACAGACGAAUGCUGGAUCAACUUGUAAUGGUAGAAAAAUCACACAGACAGACUCUGUAUGAACUAGAGGAAGAGAAGAGGAAGCACAGCAAAUACAUGGAAAAAAGCGAUGAGUUUACAAACUUGCUGGAACAAGAAUGUGAAAGAUUGAAAAAGCUUCUUGAACAAGAAACAGCAUAUCAGGCAAAAAAAGAGAAGGAAAACAACAAGAAAAUAGCUAAACUGAAAGAAGAAUUAACUAAACUGAAAUCCUUUGCUUUAAUGGUGGUGGAUGAACAGCAAAGACUCACUGAGCAGUUGAAUCAACAAAGUAAAAAAAUUCAAGAAUUAACCACUUCUACAGAGCAAGCACAUGAGAAGCUGGCUUUUGCUGAAGCAAAAAUUCAAGAAGAGAAACAGAGAGCCAGCAGGCUGGAGGCUGAACUUCAAGUCCAAAGCAGUAAGAUUUCCCAAGACCAAGAAGCAAUGAUGGCCAAACUAACCAACGAAGACAGUCAGAAUCGCCAGCUCCGGCUGAAAUUAACUGCUCUCAGCAGACAAAUUGAUGAGCUGGAAGAGACCAACAAAUCUCUACGAAAAGCAGAAGAAGAACUGCAAGACCUAAGGGAUAAGAUAAAUAAGGGAGAGUGUGGCAAUGCCACACUUAUGACUGAAGUAGAAGAACUACGGAAACGACUGCUGGAGAUGGAAGGAAAAGAUGAAGAGCUCAUAAAAAUGGAAGAUCAGUGCAGAGAGUUGAAUAAAAAAUUAGAAAAAGAAGCAUCACAGAGCAAGAACCUUAAAGGGGAAGUCGAUAAACUUAACAAAAGAAUUAUGGAGCUGGAGAAACUAGAAGACGCUUUCAACAAGAGUAAACAGGAAUGUUACUCCCUGAAAUGCAAUCUAGAAAGGGAAAAAAUGUUAACAAAGCAGCUGUCCCACGAGCUGGAUGGUUUAAAAGCUAGAGUCGGUGAGCUUGAAGCAAUUGAAAGUAAGUUAGAAAAAACUGAGUUUACACUCAAAGAAGAUUUGACAAAGCUGAAAAGCCUAACAGUGAUGCUUGUGGAUGAAAGAAAAACUAUGGGUGAAAAAAUAAAGCAAACAGAAGAAAAGCUUCAAGCUGCAACUUCUCAGCUUCAGGUGGAACAAAAUAAAGUGAUGUCGGUUACAGAAAAACUAAUUGAGGAAAGUAAAAAGGCACUGAAAUCAAAAUCCGAUGCAGAGGAAAAAAUGUCCAGUGUGACGAAAGAAAGAGAUGAACUGAAAAACAAACUCAAAGCAGAAGAGGAGAAAGGAAGUGAUCUUGUUUCCAAAGUGAAUAUUCUAAGAAAAAGACUCCAAUCACUGGAAGACAUUGAAAAAGAGUUUCUUAAAAGUAAACUUAAGGAUGGUACUAAAUCUAGCACCUCCUUGCAGCAGGAAAACAACAUAAUCAAAGAGCUUUCUCAAGAAGUUGAGAGGCUUAAGCAGAAGCUCAAAGAAAUGAAGGCCAUAGAGGAUGAUCUUAUGAAAACUGAAGAUGAAUUUGAGUGUCUAGAAAGAAAAUAUGCCAAUGAACGGGACAGAGCCAAGCUCCUAUCAGAGGAGCUGGAAGCUGUGAAAAUGGAAAUGGCUAGGUAUAAAUUAACAGAAAAGGCAGAGUCCAAUCAGGAGCAGCACCUUUUUAAGAAGCUUAAAGAAGAGGAAGCUAAAUCGAGUCAUCUUUCCAGAGAAGUAGAUGCACUGAAAGAAAAAAUGCAUGAGUACAUGGAAACAGAAGACCUAAUCUGCCACCUCCGAGGCGAUCAUUCAGUCUUACAGAGGAAACUUCUCCAGCAAGAAAACAAAAACAGGGACUUAGCGAGAGAGAUGGAAAGUCUCAGGAAAGAGUUGGAGAGGUACAGAUCCUUCAGCAAGAACUUCAGGCCUGGUCACAAUGGAAGGAGAAUUUCUGAUGUGCAAGUUUUUUCUAAAGAAAUCCAAACAGAUCCAGCAGACAAUGAACCACCCGAUUACAAAACACUCAUGCCUUUAGAGCGAACAGUCAUAAAUGGGCAGCUCUACGAAGACAGUGAUAAUGAGGACAAAGGCAAUAAUGAGGAGGAACAAACAGCGUCUUUCAAAAGCAACUCAUCCACUGUCAAUGCCAUAAACAAAAAAUUAUGGAUCCCGUGGAUGAAGUCCAAAGAGAGCCAUCCUCAAAAUGGAAAGAUACAUACAAAGCAAAAUGGAAACUGUGCACAGACUGGAGAUCUAGUGCUAAGCCAUACACCUGGCCAACCUCUUCACAUAAAAGUAACUCCAGACCAUGGACAGAACACAGCAACCCUUGAAAUAACUAGUCCUACCACUGAAAGCCCUCACUCCUACAAAAGCACAGCAGUUAUACCCAACUGUGGCACUCCAAAGCAAAGAAUAACCAUUAUUCAAAACGCCUCCUUAACACCUGUAAAAUCGAAAGCAGGAGAAGGUUACAUGACCCCAGAGCACGUAAUUUCUCCUAUUACUAUGACUACUUUUGCAAGAUCUCAAACGCCUGAAUCCUGUGGUUCUUUAACUCCUGAAAGAACAAUGUCCCCUUUGGCUUUACCCGGCUCAAGUUCUCAGGAACAAACUCUCUCCCCAGAGCCUUUGGAAAUGGGAGCCAAGCACGCUGUUUUUAGAGUAUCCCCAGACAGACAGUCAUCAUGGCAGUUUCAGAGAUCUAACAGUACAGGAUCAAGUGUAAUAACUACUGAGGAUAACAAAAUCCACAUUCAUUUAGGAAGUCCUUACGUCCAAACUCUCCCCAAUUCCAAGCCCAUCAGCCCUUGUAAUCCAGUGCAAGACAACAGAACUCCAGCACUAGCCAAUGGCCUACCCAAUAAGCCCACCAAUAAAAUCACCAGCAGUAUUACUAUCACCCCAACAGCCACUCCUCUUCCACGGCAAUCACAAAUUACAAUCACCAACGCCUUCCGUCGGUCAGUUCCAACUCGGAUCCCCAAACCAAAGCCCACCAGCACAACCAAAGCACCUGCCAAAAUUCCCGCCGGACACCUCAACAAACCACUCCAAGACAGCACUGCUGGAAAGAUACACAUUAUAAGGACUGUGUCUAAAACCUGCCUUCAAAGUGGAGGGAAAAGAGUGCAUUCCAACAGUCUAAACGGCUCAACAGAUAAUUCCUGGGAAAACUCCUUUCACAUAGGCGUUUCUUUAAGAACUGCCAAAUCCUAAUUUCUACGUAAAGCAAAAGCUGGUGGUGAUCACAGUGCCAUAGCCAGAACUGCAGUCCUUUUGCUGAAGCAAGAAAAGAUUCUGAUGCAUUCAGUUACCUGAUUUUGCCCUUUUAUUUCACAUCUAAAAGUUUCACUUAACCACUGAGACAGUACAACACGUUAGCACUGCUGCGUGACCAGUUUUGUAAAUGUGUAAGAAACCUAUGCUUCCCUCAACAGCUUCACAAGUUCUCUAGAAGUACUUAAGAAAAGGAAAAGUUUAGAAAGAUCAGUCUACUGAAAAAUUAUUCUAGUUUGUGUUGCACAAGACACAGCCUGUGUCAAAAUGGAGACAUUAAAAAAUUACUUUUCCGUAAUAAAAAGAAAAGGUUUCCAAUUUUAUUCAUUAAAUUUGCAGCUGUCAAGUUCAAGACUCCAUGUCAUGUAUGUCCAGAUCCAAAUACAGCUCACAGAAGCACACCACUAAACAUUCUGCAACUUGCAAAACUGAGUGCAUAUAAAUGUGAAGAAACACAGAUUUCUAACAGCAGCUGUCAACUUGGCAUGCUUACCAGAGAGAUCUUCAAAUACAUGACCAAAUUCAAUCAUAAGGGACAGCAACUCAUUGAUGAGCCAGAAAAAAAAAAAAGAUGCAAACCUCUCCAUAUACAGGUGCACCAACAGAUCUCAGCUCCAGUCAAGCACCAGCUCUCCCACUGAAUGCACUACAAGGAACAGUCUGCUUCUCAGGAGCUGCAAAUCACACAUUACAAACUGAUGCUACCUGGCAUCCUUUAUAGCCAGUCUACAGAAAGAAAAGAGAACCUCUGGCAAAAGAAAUCAAUUCCCACAAUAGCAUCCUUUGCUUUGGAGCCCACAGAACACUGCCAAAUCAUCCUCCAUGGCCCCAUAUUAUACUUCUCACCUAUCUGUACUGCUGCCAUACAAGAGUUUGUCUUUUGCUCCUCUCUUAUGAUGACAUGGU